GUAGUCCUUCCCACAGCCAAUCAACCCAACCAGCAAUUUGAAAAAGCUUCGGUGUAAUCAAGCUCACACUCAUUUCACCCGCUAAAUCACAACCAAUUCCUUCUCCAUUUUCAAGCUUUCAGAAAUGGCGAAACCAGUUUCCAUUGAAGUAUGGAACCCUAGUGGGAAAUACAGAGUUGUCAGCACAAAAUCCAUGCCGGGUACACGCUGGAUUAAUCUGUUGGUUCAACAAGAUUGUCGUGUUGAAAUAUGCACAGAGAAGAAAACGAUAUUGUCUGUUGAAGACAUCAUUGCUUUGAUUGGAAAUAAGUGCGAUGGAGUUAUCGGUCAGUUGACUGAAGAUUGGGGAGAGACGUUGUUUUCGGCAUUGAGCAAGGCAGGAGGGAAAGCUUUCAGCAACAUGGCUGUUGGUUACAACAACGUUGAUGUUGAAGCAGCAACCAAGUACGGUGUCGCAGUUGGAAAUACUCCAGGUGUGCUUACAGAGACCACAGCAGAGUUAGCAGCAUCACUUUCUCUUGCUGCUUCAAGAAGAAUCGUCGAAGCUGAUGGGUUCAUGAGGGCUGGCUUAUACGAUGGGUGGCUUCCUCAUUUGUUUGUGGGGAAUUUGCUUAAAGGACAAACCGUUGGUGUAAUUGGAGCUGGUCGUAUUGGAUCUGCGUAUGCUAGAAUGAUGAUUGAAGGGUUCAAGAUGAAUCUAAUCUAUUAUGAUCUCUACCAAGCCACGCGUCUAGAGAAGUUCGUUACAGCUUAUGGUCAAUUCCUGAAAGCCAGCGGGGAACAACCUGUUACCUGGAAACGAGCAUCAUCGAUGGAUGAGGUUCUUCAAGUAGCUGAUGUUAUAAGUCUGCAUCCGAUAUUGGACAAAACAACUUAUCAUCUCAUCAACAAAGAACGGCUUUCGAAGAUGAAGAAGGAAGCAAUCCUUAUAAACUGCAGCAGAGGACCUGUGGUUGAUGAAGAAGCUCUUGUCGAGCAUUUGAAGCAAAACCCCAUGUUCCGAGUAGGUCUUGAUGUCUUCGAGGAUGAGCCAUACAUGAAACCCGGCCUAGCCGACAUGAAAAACGCCAUAGUUGUGCCUCAUAUUGCUUCGGCAUCAAAGUGGACUCGUGAAGGAAUGGUCACACUUGCCGCACUAAACGUACUGGGAAAGAUAAAAGGGUAUCCAAUUUGGUCAAACCCGAACCAAGUAGACGCUUUUUUGGAUGAGAAUUCACCACCCCCAGCAGCAAGCCCGAGCAUUGUCAAUGCGAAAGCUCUAGGACUGCCAGUUUCGAAGCUCUAAAAAGGGUCGACAAUUCUCUGGGGUAACAACGAUGUAUUCCUUCGGUUUGUGUACAUUGUGUAUUGCUUAUGCUCACUACUCUAUGUAUGUUUACAAUUGAUGUGCAAGUGAAAUUACAUAUAAUUUGUUGUUUUGUGGUUCGAUCUCAUGUACUUUGAUUCGUUAUGUCCACCGUUUAAGAGAA